AUGCCGACCUGGCGCUGGGCGCGGAGCAAAGGUCCUCCGAGUCGGAGGAGCGUCAUCAUGAAGCACACCAGCGGUCAGGAAGUUUACUCGCGCGUCGACAACGACGGCAACCGCGUGGUGGGUUUCGUCCAGCAGCUUCUGGCGAGCAUGCCAGACGUGAAGGAGCUCGACAUCGGGCUGUGGGGCAGUAGCCCGAAGAGCGACGAGGAGCAGGACCUGAUGGAGGGCGCCACACUGCAGAAGUACGCCGAGGCCGUGGCUGCUGGCAGGCCUGGCUGGGCGAUCGGCGCCAACAUCCUGGGAGACUAG